CGGGUUUCCCUCGAAACUUUCCAUCUCGGAAGUUCGAACCGCCAGGGACCCCGCCCGCGCAGAGGAGAGAAAGAGGAGUAGCAACCGACGCGACGGGUCCGCCGAACCGCCGACUUCAUUUUUCCGACGUCAUCCAUCCUCUGUUUCUGUCAAAAUGCAAAGCCGGCCUACCUACAGCCACCACGUCGCGCAGCCAGGCGCAUCAGCACCAUCACCCUCCUCCUCCUCCGUCCCACCUGCCCGAUUAACUGUCACACCACCUACCCACACGACGCAAUAACUCCUCUCGAAAUGAUUUGCUGAAACUCAACGCAGCUACUAAUAGCAUCCUCCAAACGCGCGCAAAAAAUCCAAAGUGCGACAACCACCACCCACCACCCACCAUGAACAACAAUAAUACCCCACCUCGAGAGGAUACCCUCUCAUCAACAGAAGAAGAGUUGGACUACUACGCCAUCCUUAACCUCCCGCGCCAUCCACCCCCCACCGAAUCGCAAAUCCGCUCCGCGUACCGCACUCUCACCCUCAGCUUUCAUCCAGAUAAACAGCCGGCCGAGCUGACGGAGUCAGCGAUAUGGUAUUUCAGUCGUAUCCAGGCAGCGUAUGAUACGCUGAUCGAUCCCAAAAAAAGAAUGGUUUAUGAUAUGAUGGGCGCGGAGGGCGUGAGGCGCGAGUGGGCGGCCAAGGAUAUGAGAGUCGGGGUGAAGGCCAUGUCUGGGGAUGAGUUUCGGAGCUGGUUUCUGGAAAGAAUGAAGAAGAAGGAGAGGUCGUUGGUGGAGGAUUUGGUUGACGCGACGGGAUCCUUCACUGUUGGGAUUGAUGUCACUGAUGCCGUUCACGUCGACGAUGAGGGGGAGAUCACGUCUUUCCGGACCCCGUCGCUGAAGCUCUCGGCUUUCUCCUUGGGGUAUUCGUUUAGAGCGCCUAUGCCGACGAUGGAACUUCUAUUUGGGAAAAAGGAAAGAGAGGAUGAGGACGAGGGGGGAGAUGAGGCCAGCAAACCGUUCAUGCAUGAUGAGGAGGAUGACAUGGAGUUAGUGUUUAAUGCGGGCAUCGCGGGGCGAGUUAGUCGGCCGCGUCGGAACGUGGCGUUCGAGCAGCUGGACGGGACAUUGGAGGAGCGUUCGGUGCUGCUCCCACAUAUACUGGCCACCGACCAGUUUAACCUGGGAGUUAGCGCGACUCGGGCAUUUCGAGGGUUUUGUUAUCCGAAGGGAAUCCUUGCGAAACCGCAGUUCUCGUUUCUACAAGACUCGACCGUGGUUGUGAAGGCCUCGGUGUUGCCGCACCCAUCGCUAGAGACGAGUUGGGCGAAGCCCGUUAUCGCUAUCCCUGGCACGAAGCCCUUUAGGGUCGAGCUGUCCGCCAGCUUGGACCGAUCGUUGCAGCAGGUGCUUCCUAGCCUUGGUCUCAACAUCAGCAGGCCUAUCGCAGAUCGGAAGGUCAUGUUUUGUGACUGGUCGACCGGCACUUUAUUUUGGCCUCAGGCUGUGCGUCAAUUCUUCCAACCGCUUAUCCAUCUCGGUUUGCAGCCUGAAAGUCUGUUCUCCGUUCCGUUUCCAGAGAGCCAUUUCCAGGUCGGUGUAGUCUCUGAGCCCGAAAAUCAGCUUGUGGGCUGGGAUGACGACGAAGAUGAGGACGAGGAAGAAGAGUUCAAGACAGUCCGCCGCAAGCAGCGCAAGCAAUCCAAGGCUGCCGAAUUCUGGCAGGCAGUUAUUGUGGCCUCUCCGGUGCAGACAGCUCUGUCUUUCAGUUACUCUCGCAAUAUUUUCUCUGGGCAAGCGGCCUCCGAACGUGUUCGCUCGGAAUGGAGCUCCGAAGGCCAUUACCCCUUGACGGCGGACAACGAACCGCGGUCUGUGCGGGUCAAGAUCGAAACCACUGUAGGACAAGAUAUGUCCCUCGGUUGGUAUAUUGAGGGAACCCGCAAUAUUGGUGGACUUUCUCGCAUGGGACUGGGCGUUGGUGUUCGAGACGUGCAGGGUCUUGUUAUGACGGUAUCCUGGAGCAGACUGGGCCAGAGCAUCCGGGUGCCCAUCUCGCUGCUCCCAUUUGACGUUGUUGAUGCGGAUCUAGCUGCACUGGCAGUCAUCUGCCCGUGGCUGGCGUAUUGCGCGCUGGAAUUCGGAUUCAUCCGUCCGAGAGAGAGGAAGAAGCAACGCCGGGUGAUUGCCCGACGACAAAAACAGCUCAGGAAGCUGGUACCCAAAAAGAGGGCAGAGAGCCAAGCGGCUAUCGAGCUUAUGGCCGAACAAGUACAACGCCGACAGGCGAAGGAAGCCAGGCAGGAUGGCUUGAUCAUCACCCGGGCUGAGUACGGUCACUAUCCCUUGAAGAAGGACAAGGGUGGUGUUGGAGAACCGCAAGUCACGGACGUCUCUAUCCCGGUGGCUGCGUUGGUCGACCAUGGUCAACUAUCCAUCUCCAAAAACAUGGUAAAGUCCCACAUCAUUGGAUUCCACGAUCCCGCUCCGCUUCUGCCGAAGACGCUGAAGAUCUGGUACAACUACCAUGGUAAGGAGCACUACGUGGAGGCGGAUGACGCAGAGGGCAUCGCCUGUCCUAUGCGUGCGCACUUGCUGUAGCUGAGGCUACUGAUGUACGCCCCGUUCUCGUGGUUUGUUUACAUUCUGCAUCGCUGGCUCUUUGGCAUUACACUCCAUUCAUUGAAUCAUUGAGGGUCGGCAUUGCUACAUAGUAUAGAAAUCCCUUAUCUGGGGGACUAUAAGCGUCUGGUUUGCAUUCUGCAUGAGACCGUGUACGAUAGAGCAUUGAAAGAAACUUUAUGAAGGCUUGCCUGGGUGUGACUCUAUGUUUACACCCGGCCUCACUUGUUGCCCUGGCAUCUUCCGGGCCAGUCAUGUCGUACU